AUGUUCCAUCACCUAAGCCCGCGAAAACGAUUCAAAAACAACGCACCCAGCCCACCGCCGUGGCCGAAGCCGAGCUGCAAGCACGAGGCUACUAUGCCUGGCUCAAGGGGGAUCCCGCUGCGUCGCAAGUGUGAUUCUGCUGCCAGUGACGGUUCGGACGAGGACCGAAUGAGAAAGAUGGACGUCUUCGAGAAUACGUCUUCUCAGUUUCCCAAGAUCGCUUUCCCUGCUGGCAACAACGACUUUCGGGCUGCUCGCAAUCGCUGCUCUCUUGCCUGUAGACGUUAUAACGAGAUCGCAGAGGAUGCACCUGUCGAAGAGCGUGUUGCAGGGUUCCUGACAAUCGUCGAUCCAAAACCCCGGCCGUCAUCUAGUUCAUCGUCGGCCUCGGGCACAUCGGGCACGUCGAUGGAGCAGCUGUUCACGGACCCGGACGCGAAGCCGACUGUGCCGUUUGUCAAGUCGCCGAUCUGGAUGGACUACGGUCUGCGCGUCAAGAUCCACCCCACAACCUUUAUCAACCGCUUCUGCACCAUCCUUGACACCCCCGUUGCAGAUGUGGUUAUCGGCGCUCGCUGCAACGUCGGCCCGCAGGUGACCAUCGUGUCGGUGGGCCACCCGCUGCGCGCCGAGGAGCGCCGCGAGGAGGUGACCAAGAAGGCGGCCAGCUACGGCCAGAGCGUCGUGAUUGGCGACGGGGUGUGGAUCGGCGCCGAGGUCACGAUCCUGGGCGGUGUUACGAUUGGCGAUGGGGCCGUCAUUGGGGCGAAGAGCCUCGUCAACAAGGACAUCCCGCCCGACUGCCUGGCUGUGGGCGUCCCGGCUAAGGUCAUACGUUAUCUCACGGACGAGCCGCCGAUGGAGUACGACGGCUCGGUUGUCACAUUAGAGGACGCGCUGAACGUUCAAUAA